GUCAUUCUGCGUCUGUGUGUGCGCGUGCGUGUGUGUUAACCCGGUCACAGCGUGCUGAAGUUGCGGAGGUUUUUUUCUCGGUUGCCAUGGAUUUCUAAAAAAAAAAAAAAAAAAAAAAGCCCAUUGACUGCAACUGAUCUCUUUCAGAGCAGAGCAAAGAGCAGAGCAAAGCUGUUGCGUUACUAUAUUGUCUUUAGCGGAGGAAAAAAAAAAACCCAUAGAAUCUUGUGCGAGACAUUAUCACCCCAGAUUUCUUCCAGCUAUCGCUCUCCACACACCGUUCUCCGAAAGGUCACAGCUCUCCUGUACCUACUGGGUGAGAUGUACUGAGAUCUGGCCCACAGCAGUCUUUUCUUCUUCCUCUGCUCAACUCCGAGGGUGUGGCUAGUGAUGCAGUUACCAUGGAGAAUUGGCGUCACCCUGCUACUGGUGACAUUCCUCAACACCAGGCAUCUCACCAAUGCUCUGGACAUUCCGUUGGAGAUUGAGCAACCGCCAACGAUAACAGAGCAGUCACCAGCCACUCUUAUCGCUUUGUCCUUUGAUGAGAGCUUUGCAGUCACGUGUGAAGCCAAAGGAAACCCUGAUCCAGAAUUCAAAUGGACAAAGAAUGGGCAAGAUUUUGAUCCCUAUCAGGACCCCAUGUUGAUCACUAAAGAAGACUCUGGAACAUUUAUCAUCCCAAACAAUGGGAACCUCACUGAAUACCAAGGCCUCUAUCGCUGUUAUGCCUUCAACAAACUCGGAACUGCCAUGUCAGAAGAAAUUGAAUUCAUCAUUCCCAAUGUUCCGAAGUUCCCAAAAGAGAAAAUUGAUCCAAUCGAGGUAGAAGAGGGACAGCCAUUUAUUCUGGAAUGCAAUCCGCCUAAAGGAAUUCCUCCACUGGAAAUCUACUGGAUGACCAUAAGCAUGAAGCAAAUAGAGCAGGAUGAGAGAGUGACAGUAGGGCUGAAUGGGAACCUCUACUUCUCCAACGCCAUUCAGACAGACAGCCGGAGAGAUUAUUGCUGCUAUGCAUCCUUCCCAAGAAUACGCACCAUCGUCCAGAAAACCGCCAUGUCCGUUAUUGUCAGCAACUUCAAGUCAAUGAGUCAAUCUGGUAGUCGAAGGGGAACAGCCAACGCCAUUCUGGAGAGGAAGCCCAGUCUUCUGUCGCCCUCUGGUGGUCAAACAUAUACUCAUAUUGUGAAAGGGGAGGAACUGAUAUUAGAAUGCAUUGCUGAAGGCUUCCCAACUCCAAUGGUCGAAUGGACCAAGAUAGGAGAUAAACUUCCUGACCGAGCUCUACAGAAGAAUUUCGGGAAGCACCUCACCAUAGAGGAAGUGAUAGAAGAUGAUGAAGGGAAAUACAUGUGCAAGGCCCAUAACUCCCAUGGAGUAGCUGUUCAUUACUUCCAUGUAGCAGUGGAGGAGGCUCCUAGGUGGAAUAUUGAACCCAAGGGCCAGUUGAAUGUCAUUGGAUCUGAUGUCAUCAUUAGAUGUGCUGCAUAUGCCAACCCAGCACCCUCUGUGGCAUGGAUGGUGAACGGGCGCCCUAUUAGUGAGGUUCCAACAGCCAACAGAAAAGUGUAUGAUGACACCAUCAUGAUCCACAAUGCCAGCCCCAGUGACAGCGCAGUUUAUCAGUGUGAAGUCUCCAACAGACACGGAACGCUGCUGGCCAAUGCUAACAUCAUGAUCAUGAACCUGCGACCACUGAUUUUGACAGAAGAUAAUCUUCAGUAUUCAGCAGUGGAAGGAAAGCAAGUGAUCAUGCACUGCAGGGUGUUCAGCUCACCACCCUCAGCUAUCAUCUGGAGCAAGGAUGACAACGCUAAUGCCUUAGAGGGAUCAAGGUUCUUCAUACACGCAAAUGGGUCACUGGAGAUCCACAGCGUGAAGGGGGAGGAUGAUGGCGAGUACACAUGUGUCACUGAAAACUCUGAGGGCAAACUGGCCAUCACUGCUAAGCUGGAGGUUAAAGCUCCCACCAAGAUAGUGAAUUCUCCUCAGGACCAGCGUGUUUUGGUAGGCACCACAGUUCAAUUCUCAUGUCAGGCUGAAGUAGAUCCAUCCUUCAGUGAGGAUUAUGAGAUGAUCUGGGAAAAAGAUGGCAUCCCUCUCAACGACAGUGAAAGCACUGGUUAUUUUGUCGAUGGAGAGAUGCUGCAGAUUGCUAAUGUGAGCUUCAGAGACCAGGGUGUGUACGUUUGCAUAGCCAGAAGUCCAGCAGAUCAGGACAGUGCCAUGGCACUGCUUACAGUACUGGGUGUACCGGAUGCCCCACAAGGUGUGGUGCUCACUGAACGCAAAGACAGGACUGUGAAACUUAAAUGGAUCCCAGGAGAUGACCAUAAUAGCACUACCACAGAGUUCAUCAUCGAAUAUGAGGAGAGCCAGUGGGACCCAGGCAGGUGGAAGGAGCUGGUGCGAGUGCCUGGAAAUCACCACUCAGUUCUGCUGAAGCUCCACGGGCACAUAGACUACAGCUUCCGCAUCUCAGCAGUGAAUGAGGUCGGAAAAGGACGACCGAGUAGAGCCAGUGACAGAUACAAUACCCCAGCCUCAGCACCUGACAAGAACCCAGAAAACGUCAAGAUAGAAGCUAAUUUUCCACACGAAAUGCAUAUCAACUGGAAGCCCUUGUCCCCCAUGGAACACAACGGUCCUGGUUUGGAGUACAGAGUGAGCUACCGACGACAGGAUGUGGAAGAGGAGUGGCAGGAGCACAUGGUAAAGAGGCACUCAUUUGUGGUGAAGAACACGCCAACAUUUGUCCCUUACGAAGUUAAGAUCCAAGCCAAGAAUCAUGCUGGCUGGGCUCCUGAACCUGAAACCAUAGUCGCCUAUUCAGGAGAAGACUUCCCAUCAGCAGCACCAGAGGAUGUAGCAGUGGAGGCAAUGAACAACACAGUGGUGAAGGUCAGCUGGAAACGCAUUCACAAGGACAAAUUGCACGGACAUCUGGGAGGCUACAUGGUUCAGUGGUGGCGUCUGCGCAGUCUCUUGAACACAAGGAAAAUGCAUGGUGAUAAACACACACUCAGGUUUCCCGGGGACAGAAAUCAUGCCCUAAUCCCAGGGCUCCGACCUUUCUCCGAAUACAGUCUCAUUGUCAUGGCCUACAAUGGACGAGGCAAUGGACCAGGAAGCCACCCGGCCACUUUUAAAACUCCAGAGGGAGUUCCAGAUCAGGCUGCACUUUUCAGGGCUACAGAUGUUCAGAAGCAUGCUCUCACUCUUAGCUGGUCUCCUCCAGUGGAGGCUAAUGGAGUUCUUACCGGCUGUGUCCUGCAAUACCAGCUAAUUAAUAGCACAGAGGAAGUGGGACCCCUGCUGACUGUGAACAUCACCCAUCCAGAUACAAAUAAAUGGCACCUCAAGGACCUGGAACCAGUUAGCCGCUACAGGUUCUACCUGUAUUACUGCACACAAACAGGCUGUGGCCCAGUGACUAGUGAGGAGUACAUCACCAUCCCAGAAGCACGACAGUCCAGAACUCAUUUGACUCCAAGAAAUCCUUCUGUCUCCCCUGUGGCUAAAGCCACACUUUCUUCUAUAGCACCCACUGUGUUGAAUAUUAGUGCCUCAGUUAGCGACAACUUUGCAAAUAUCAGCUGGAUUCUGGGGAAGGAACAAAUGGAUUCAGAGUUAUAUGUUGCAUAUAUGAAAAACCGUGAAGGUAACUGGAAGAUAUCUGAGGCCGUUAACUCCUCUAAGACUUUCCUGGUCAUUAAGGAGCUGGAGCCUGGGACAGAAUAUACAGUACGAGUUAUGGCUAAAAGCUGGCAUGAUAGUUCUAGCAUUUUUGAAGAUGUUAUCAAGACCAGGGCCAAAGGUUUGGCCAGCAUUCACAGUGGAAUUUCAAAUCAGGGUUGGUUUAUUGGAUUGAUGUGUGCUGUGGCUUUACUCACACUCAUCGUGCUCAUCGCUUGCUUUGUAAACAGGAACAAAGGAGGGAAGUACUCGGUGAAAGAGAAGGAAGAUCUCCAUCCAGACUUGGAGUCUCAAGGCAUAAAUGAUGACACUUUCUGUGAAUACAGUGAUAAUGAUGAGAAACCCCUGAAAGGCAGCCAGCACUCACUGUCUCGAGACCUGAAGCGAGGGGACAGUGGGGACAGCAUAGUGGAUUAUGGCGAUGAGGAUGCUCAGUUUAACGAGGAUGGAUCCUUUAUUGGAGAAUAUGCUGGACAGAAGGAAAGGGCAUCCAUGGAAAUCAAAGGAACCUCUCAGAGCAAACCAUGAAAGGACAAAAUCCUAUUUGAUAUUGCUUACAUAAAUUUGGCACAGGGACAAAAAAGGGGGGAGAAUGACAUAAUCCUCCCCCACAUAUGCAAUUUGGUUAAAAAAACAAAACAGUAAUUCAUGUGUUUAUUGUUAAUCAUGCUCUCGUGCUUAUGUUAUUUUACAAGGCUUAGUUUCAAACAAAUUGUAACAGAUAAUUCAGUCACUUUCAGUUGUAUAUAAAUGUCAGGUAUUCUCUUUAUAUUUUUGAAAUUAUGUCAAACUGCCAGGAAUAAGUUUGUUUUUGUUGUGCUGUGUUUUUUAUUAGUAUAUAUAUAUAUAUAUAUAUAUAUAUAUAUAUAUAUAUAUAUAUAUAUAUAUAUAUAUAUAUAUAUAUAUAUAUAUAUAUAUAUAUAUAUGUGUGUGUGUAUGUUUUGUAGGCAGUCUUGGUCAUCCUAAUGUAAAGGUAAAAAAGGAGACAUUCCAGUCUUAAUUUGUUAUGCACUGUGAGGUCUCUAGGGUCUCCCCCAUUGUCUUCUUGUAGUCAAGCAAAUUUUUGUUAGAGUAUGAAACUAUGAAAUUUUCUGUUUUAUUUCCUUCUUUGCAAAUAUUAUUUACAUUUUAUAUUCAGAUCUGCAUUCAUUGUGUAAUUAAAUAUGUGUACAAAAAAGUCGUUCAUUAAAUUAUUUCCCAUUUUAAAAGUAUGCAGACUAGAAGAGAAAGAAAAAAACGAGGAUUCUGUAAGCAACUACAGUAGUCAUGCCUAGCCAUUGAGUCUGUAAACAUAUCCAGUAUUCAAGCUACACUAACCAUUAUCCAUAUACAGUGCAAUCAUUAUUAUUUUGUGUUUGCUUCUAUUAACUCAUUGUCUGAGCAAUAUACAAUACCAUCAUGAUAUGUGAAAUAUAUAUUGUAUAAAAGAGUUAUGAUAUCACCUUUAUAAUGUUUUCAGCCUUGCAUUUAGUAUUGUUAUAUCACAAGGGCUUUACACAAAUGCAAAAAUGCACACAUAUGCACUCUCUUAGUAAAUACUGUUUCAACUGUGGCUCACUUCUACCAGUUCUUAAUUUAAAAUCAAAUAUAAUUCCAGCUGAGGGUUUGACCCAACAGACAUUUUAAUGGUUGGAGUUUGAGUUCUAUGAACAUAACACAUAAAGCAAAACCAUCAUGGUGUUGAGCUGUUUAGUCCUUAAUGCUGGUAAAUUUCCCAUUUUAAACAUGAUAUUUAACUAGGCCUUUGGAUACACACAACUGUUUUGACUAGCAUAGCAGAGUGUAGAAUGGCAAUUGAAAUGUUAAGUUAAAUUUGAAUGGCAUCAGGCAACUCCUCUGUACAAACAUGUCUGUGUUUGCAUGUUUAUGGAUGUUGAAUGAUAUUUCGCACAGAUUUGACAUUAAAUUUUAUCACUUCUCAUUUUCAGA